AUGCCCGGCCAAGCCUCGACUCAGAACGAUACACCAGAACAGAUGAAAAAAGAGAUGUGGGAUGACGCCGAAGUUGAAGAGUUGGAUACAAAGGUUUUCGUGGACAACGACACAGAAGGAGGAGACACAGGUAAAGAUUGGCUGCCGUAUGUCAUUGCCUCCUUCUUUCUUUCUGUUGUCUUUCCUCCCCUCGGCUGCGUCGCCUUUUGCCUGUCUUUAGGGGCCCCUGCGGGGUCUAAGAGGGCCGUUUGGGCGGAGCGCGCGCUACGUAUUGGUUCUCUCCUGUCUUUUGUUUACACAUUGUUGCUUGCGAUGCUUCUGAGUGAAUAUUACUAUAUUCCCAAUAGCGGCGCAGUCCUUGGCUAUGGCUUUUAA